GGAAUUGCAAUGCUGUCUCAUUCGCUGUUUUGUUUUCGUUUGAGGAAGUGAAUUUGGUCAGUGGCUUUAAAAUUACAUAAAAAUCACAUUAUUUUAUAUAUUAUUUAUUAUUAUUUUAUACUACAGAACCUUAACAAAUAUUACAUUUACGUUGUGCUUGUUUGGGAGUAGACUGUUCAGCUAACGUUAGCUUGCCUCAGUGAGUGUCCCCUUACUCGUUGUUAAAAACAUUCGAGCCAACGUCACUGAACCUAUAUUACACGUCGCGCCAGCCAGCAGCGAAACCGCUGAUGAAGAAGAGUACGUGUCUGAUAGCGUCCAGUAUGGCCUCUUUAGUCCUGCUCAUGAUGGUUCUGUACGGUAGCACUGGCAGCCAGCAGUCGGGCAGCCACAGCCUCAGACAUGACUACCAGCUGCUGGGCAGACCCCUGUACAAACUGGACUUGGGCUGGCCCAGGAACCCAGAGCUCUUCACUGGGGAGGUGUUUGGUGUGGCUGUCAACCAGUAUGCUGGAGUGGUAUAUGUGGCACAGAGAGAGAUGUUCGAAACCCCAAUGCAUCCCCAAGUUCAUCCCGCAAAUGGUAAAUGCGAUGCACGCUUUUUUAAUCAGUGGCAUCGCCAUCUUGAACUUUUGUUGUGA